GCCCUUUUCCCAGUGGUGGUAUAUUAACAGUCCCACGUGGACACCAGGAGGAUCACAAGUGCAGCCUGUGAGUUAUUGCGUCCUGUCAACAAGCAACACACCCCUGAGCCCAGCAAGGCCAAAUUGUUAAUACUCAUUUUUGCAGAGAAGGAAACUGAGGCAGGGUCUGCUGGGGUCAGCCUCAAUCCCACCGUCGGUAAAAUGCCUGCCCCACAGCGUGUUGGGACGAUCAAGUGAGAGGGAAGGCCGAAGGCUGUAUGUUGGGAAGGGCAGCGUGGGUCUGAGGACGGUCCUUCCAGAGGGACAUGGGUCUCUGCAGUCCAGCAGGAAGGAAGCUGCCCAGGCCAGGUGCACGGGGACAGGAUUUACCUGUGGCCUAAGCACGUGGGCAGGUAAAUGGGGUGCAGGGAAGGGGCCCCCACCCUGAGCCGCUCUCUCCACAGGGAUGCCCAUGGCGUGUACCAGCUAGCCACACUGCUGAUGGAGCUGGACACAGAGGACGAGGCCUCACGUCUCCUGGCAGCGGACGCCCUGUACCGUCUGGGCCGCCUGGAUGAUGCCCACAAGACCCUGCUGGUGGCCCUCUCCCGGAGGCCCCAGGCAGCCCCUGUGCUGGUGCGGCUGGCCCUGCUGCAGCUGCGGAGAGGCUUCUUCUAUGAUGCCAACCAGCUGGUGAAGAAGGCGAUCCAGUCGGGGGACAUGGCCUGCCUCCAGCCCACCCUGGACGUCUUCCACCAUGAGGACCGGCAGCUGCUGUGGCGUCACUGCCAUGCACGGGCCCUGGCCAUCCUGCGGGCGCGGCCGGCCGGGGCCGACAGCAGAACCCACACCAGGGAGGCCAUCGCCUACCUCUCUCUGGCCAUCUUUGCAGCAGGGAGCCAGGCCAGCGAGUCCCUCCUCACCCGAGCCCGCUGUUAUGCAUUCCUGGGCCAGAAGAAGACGGCCAUGUUUGACUUCAACUCAGUGCUGCGGGGCGAGCCGGGCAACGUGCAGGCACUAUGUGGACGGGCACUCGUGCACCUGGCCCUGGACCAGCUACAG